CUUCACACUGGGAACGAAUAUGGCAAAGCUGAUGCAAGAUGGCUUAAUUUUGACCCAAUCAUCAUUGUGUCUUUGGAAAUUCCAACUGUUAUCCUGGAUGGGUCUCUGGCAUUGGUCCUCAUUCACACCAUAGUCAAGAAAUAUUACUGGCAUUUCACACAGAUUAUUCUCUCUGUAUGUGAAUUGUAUGGUGGGUGGAUGACCUGCUUCCUGGACUGGCUUAAGUGAAGCCCCAACUUCAACAAAAAUUGGCUCUACUUUUGGGUCUAUUUGCUAUUUUUCAAUAGUACAUGAGUUCUGAUACCAGGGGCUGUUAGUGUGCAGUUAAGGGUAGAACUCAAGAAAAUAUAUCACAAAGGAACCAACUUAGGGAAAAAGUUCCAGCUUUAG